CGCUAUAUAAAUUUAAGCAAUUAUCAUUAUUAUUAAAUGCAGUUGCGAAGAGUUGUGUUGCUGUGAUUGAGUGAUCGAUUUUACUACCUGCUGAUUCUCAGUUUUGUGGCCCGAUGCUGUACUGGUUAAAAGUGUGAAUGUUUAGCGGGCAUGUACACUGUAAAAGAGGAUGUGUUUGCCUUGUUCUGUUGCCAUAUGGCAGGGACUUUGAGAGGCAGGGUAUUGUACUGAGGAGAAGGGUAGUGAAGACUUGAUGUCACUAGAUGUACAGGUCUCCCCAGGUGCCCUUGUGAGGGAAGAGAGUUCUGUUGGGAACAGCAGUUGGCAAUUGUCCUGCGUCUGUCAAGAUCAGAUGAGCCUUGCGUUUGCAAAUGGUUACUUGUUCUCUCUGCUUGGCCUGGUUUAUUUCUUCAAGAAGGACUGUAUACCAAACCUACAGUGCAGUAAAUUAAAUUCACAGUAUUUUCUACUCUGCAUUUUAAAGUCAUAAAAACUUUAAAUGUCUAAAAUAAAAUGACGUGUAGCAUAAAGCAAAUUCUGGUCUGCCUUUGUCCUGGCCAGUGCAAACCCCAAACUCAAGCUAAGAGUUUGUGAUGAGUUUAAGAAAACAGGAGCCACUUUUACGAUUCUAGCUUCUCGUUUUACCCCUCGUUUAUCCCUCAAUUGUAAAGCCCUCAGUUGUAAAAUUAAAUACAGUCCCCAUGCAUUUGACAAUGUUUUUUAGUUAUGAAAUGUGUAUGUGGGAAACAUCUGGUAAAAUAAUAGCAGUAGUAUCCUUACAACAUCCUCAGAAAUACUGAAAUAUAUAAGGGCAAAAUGAAAACUGUCUUGAGUUUUCCAGGUGUAACAGCUCUGGUUUUGUAUUUAAAAUAAGAUGGGUUCCGUUUAGAAAGGUUCACCUUGGAAAAGUGUGCCGAUAACAGCUGAACUGCGUGCAUGAGGCGUGUGGACAGCAGUGUUCUGUGUGUUGCCCCCCUCAGUAUGGGAUGACCCCGCUGAUGCACGCGGCGUACAAGGGCAAGGCAGACAUGUGCAGACUGCUUCUGCAGCACGGCGCAGACGUGAACUGCAAUGAGCACGAGCAUGGAUACACCGCCCUGAUGUUCGCUGGACUUUCAGGCAAGACGGACAUUACCUGGAUGAUGCUGGAGGCCGGAGCCGAGACAGAUGUGGUGAACUCUGUAGGACGGACAGCUGCCCAGAUGGCAGCUUUCGUUGGCCAGCAUGACUGUGUGACCGUUAUCAACAACUUCUUCCCACGAGAAAGGCUGGAGUAUUACACCAAACCACAGGGCCUGGAGAAGGACCCGAAGCUCCCCCCUGGGCUGGCCAGCCCCCUGCACAAGAUCAUAAUGACCACCAACCUCAAUCCGGUGAAGGUGGUGAUGAUGGUGCAGGAGCGCCCCCUGCUGGCCGAUGUGGAAGCCCUGGGGAAAUGUCGCAGAGUCCUGGACCUUAUCUGCGAGAAGUGUGUGAAGCAGAGAGAUAUGAAUGAAGUGCUGGCUAUGAAGAUGCACUACAUCAGCUGCAUUCUUCAGAAGUGUGCCGCGUUCCUUAAGGAACAAGAGGACAAACUGGAUGGACUUGUCAAGAGCCUGCUGAAAGGGAGAGACAGCGAUGGUUUUCCAGUGUACCAGGAGACGUUUAUCAGGAAGUGCAUCAGGAAGUUUCCUUAUUGCGAUGCCACUCUCCUGCAGCAGCUAGUAAGGAGCAUUGCUCCUGUAGAGAUUGGAAAUGAUCCAACAGCUUUCUCUGUGCUGACUCAAGCCAUCACUGGCCAGGUGGGCUUCAUGGAUGCGGAGUUCUGCACCACCUGUGGUGAAAAGGGUGCAGAUAAAAGGUGCGCUGUUUGCAAAAUGGCUAUAUACUGUAACCAGUCAUGUCAAAAAUUACACUGGUUCACACACAAAAAGGUGUGCAAGAGGCUGAAAGAACAAAGAGAAAAGCAAGAAGCAGAAUCUGCCAAACAGAAAGAAAAAUUAGAAAAGGAAAAACAAGUCAAUGCUGAAAGCGCUGAAGUGGUAGAAGACGCCUCUAACACUGGGCAAGAUCGAGCUGUGGACCAAGCCAAAGAAAAGGAGUCUGAAAGUGAAGACUCGUCUACCGGUCGGUCAAAUACAGCUGCUCCUGGCACAGCUCGGAGCUCCGAGGAGUGACGUCUUGAACGCCUGGCACUGGAAAGUGGGGCAGCAGAGAAUUCGAGUUUUGGAAAAGCAGGAGUCGCACUUCGUGGACACGUUGUCCCACUGCCUUGCUGCCGGGCAAGCAGAGGAAAACAGACUCCCCACCGGAAUUAGAAUUGAAGAACAUGAAGAGCGACGUCUGCCCACCAUGGUCAAGUCUUACUGUCUGUUUGUGGAAACAGUCUAGUUACAAUUAUGCUAUUUAAAGAAAUAGUACUAAUUAUGGGAACUAUUUUGUUGAGGCAUUUCUGCCAAAUAAUAGUGUAUGCCAUUUUACAGAAGGAAACCCCAAUUGGUUGAUGCUACUAAAGUCCAGUUGUUUCUUGUGUUGAAAUCGCCAAGGCUGUUUUUUUAAUAUGUUAAUUCAACUAUUUAUUUCGUUUAAACCACAAUGCAAGAUUUUUUUUCUCUGAAGGGAUUCGUGCUCGUGUUAAUGUUUUCACUCCUGAAGGAGAGCACAGUGUGUCAUCUUCGGAAAUGUGGGGCACAAAUUACUCAUUGGUAUUGUCCUUUUGUUGAAAGUAAAAGAUAGGUGGGCAUUUCUUGAGAGGAAAAUGCAAGCUGAACAGGCACGAGGCAACCAUGAGAAGGUCUCCGUUUCGUUUUAGCUGUUGUAGCUUGGGUUGCUAUGAAACAUGAAGUUGUACACUUCAUUAUAAUAACUGGAGGAUCAGGAUUAUGCUUUUGCCCUUUAGAGUUCAAACAUUUGACUCUAAGCAUAUACACGUGCUGUACUACAUCAUAACCAAAUGAUAACCAACACAUCUGCGGGGUUUAUGAGCUGAAACGGUUAUCUGUACAUUCUUGCUGUUGUUUUUGCUUUGUGCUCAGAUGUUGUUUUUUUUCCACCCAGAACAUUUUCAGAAUGCGUACUGACCGUGACUUUCAAGUCACUUAUUAGUGACUGUUCAGCUCAUCAGUCGUUAACGCCUUUAAAGUACUGCAUUCUGUUUAGUCAUGUUACGAGUACCCAAAAGACAGGCUGUGUUCACAAGUGACCUUAAAGUAAUGUAAUAUUGGUAUACAAAUUAAAACCACAGUAAUCUCAAUCCUGGAUGAAUAUUUAAGUAGCUCAUCAAAGUAGUUAAUUUUACAUUUAUGUCAAUAAACGGUGAUUGAUGUUUCAAAGUACUGUAUACAGUAUAAAGUAAAUGUUAUUGAUGUGGCAACCUUUGUCACAAGUUUCAGAA